AUGGACAAUUUUGAUAUUGGUGUUCUUAGACGUAAGAUCCAUGAGUUUUAUUCUUGUAAAAAAGAAAUACCAACAGUGAAUAAGUUGCUUCGUCUACUUAAAGAAGAGAUUGGAUUCACUGGCAGUAGAGAAAUUCUCAGACAGCACAUAAAAAAGAUUGGAUUUCGAUAUAAAAAAACUAAAAGCAAUAGAAAAGUACUGAUGGAACUUAACGAUAUAACUGCUUGGCGCGCUCUUUAUCUUCAGACUAUAAAGCGUAAUGACGAGACAGAAAAAUUACCAGUUGUUUACUUAGAUGAGACAUAUAUUCACUCCGGUCAUACAGCUGGUAAAUGUUGGCAGGAUGAUGAUGAAGAUGGAGUAUUAGAGCCUGUCUCCAAAGGACAAAGAUUUAUUAUUGUCCAUGCCGGAGCCAAUCAAAUGCCAGAAAUGGUACAGGAAGCUUUUAAUUCCAUUCCCGUCGAAGAAUGGUGCAAUCAUUGUGCCCACGUCAAGAAACUUGAAGGAGAAUACAGAAGUAAAGAUGGAUAUUUGGAUGCACCUUUCAUCGUGGAAUUAUGCUCUGAGAGUGAAGAAAGCAGUGAUGACGAUUCUCAAGAUGAAAGUGAUGAAGAAUUUAAUAGCAUUGAACCUCUCGCCAUAGUUCAUGCAGAACAUAAUUAUAGUAAAAAAAUUAGAAAUAUUGUUUUUUAUUUCGUUUACUAUUGCAUUAUAGUUUUCAUGUUAUAA